CCGAACCGCCGCUGCGGUCGUGUCAGCAACGUCGUGCACGGUCACGGUUCUCUGGCUGACUGAGCUUGAUCUCGGAGUCUCGGAGUCUCGGAGAAUGGCAGAGCUACCGCACACACCCAAGCGGAAGAGACCGCGUCGAAAGAAUCUCGAGUCCCGAUAUUUCCCCAGUCCCAAACGCCAGAAACCAGCCGCGCAGGAUUCAACGAGUCUUCAUCUUCAGCAGACUGCGCAAACGUACCUGCUCGCGCAGCCAUGCUGGACCAACAAGUCUCGCUUCUUUCCCCCGUCGAAAGUGGACCUGGAUGCCCUCCUCGCUAACCCUGCCUUCCUUUGCUUCUACGAAGCGUUUGUGCUCGCAUUGCACGAGCUUUACAUGGCGAAACCGAUUCUCAUUCAAGAGCACGUGGCGUCGAGCUCGUGGAAGGUCUUGGUAGCGGUGACCCUGCUCAACAAGACAGCGGGCACGAAGUCCAUACCGGUCUUCUUCGAGAUCAUGGACCGGUGGCCUACACCCGAAGCACUCGCCCAAGCACCUAGGACGUGCCUCUACGGGAUGAUUAAAGAUCUCGGAUUGGGCGAAACGCGUACGACUCGCAUCAUCGACAUCUCGCAAACCUUUCUCACCAAGCCGCCCAUACCGGACCAGCUCUAUCGCUCGCGUGGGACGGUGACGCUGCCCGCCGCCGACGGAGCUGGGACGCGCGAGGUACCAUACCCCCCAAUUGCUGUGUCCCACAUACCUGGAUCCGGACCGUACGCGCUCGACUCGUACCGCAUUUUCUGCUCUGGAAAGGACGAGUGGAAGUCGGUGAGGCCGCGUGAUAAAGAGCUCGUGAAGUACUUGGAGUGGAAGUGGGCUGUUGAGGAGUACCGCCAAUGGCACCCGCUACACGGCCCUGGGCCCAUCAUCGACCUCGAAUAUGUUCGCUCGAUGACGGCUGCCUUGACAAGCAACCCCAUUUCUCACUAGUGACUUUGCCUUGGACCGUCCCUCUAUCCACUCUGCUGCGUUUCUGAUUAUCCUGACGAUGUCUCCUUGCUGUCUGUUGUCGGCUCGUGUGUCACACACGGGCUUAUUGUUACGGCAAAGCCCCUCAACUUGCUAGUAUUUCUGUAUAUAGAUAUCAUGUACCACAAUC